ACGAGCCAGCGAGACAGAGACUCUCAAAUCCACGGAACGAUGCAGAGCCAAACCAAUUUGAAAUGGGGUAUAGCAGCCGCUGGUAGGAUCACCCAGGACUUUGUCACGGCUCUAAACACCAUCGAAAAGUCGCAGCAUGUGGUUGUGGCUAUUGCCGAUGUGGAUGGCCCGAGGGCACAGGAGUUUGCCCAAAGAAAUCAGAUCCCUCGUCACUAUGACGGUUUCGAUGCCUUGGCUUUGGAUCGAGAGGUGGAUGUGGUGUAUGUGGGGACGCUAAAUCCCUUCCACUAUGCUGUCGUUCAUCUGCUGUUAUCCAGGGGAAAGCAUGUGCUCUGCGAGACACCUAUGUGUCUGGGUUUGGAACAGGCCAAGGAGCUGUGUGUCUUGGCAGAGCAGCGUGGGGUUUUCCUGAUGGAAGGCAUGUGGUCGCGCUUCUUUCCCAGCUAUGAUCGUCUCAGGGAACUAUUACAGAGCGAUGCCAUUGGGGAGGUAACCCUCGUGAAGGUCCAGCAUGGCUUCCGCUUGGCACAUGUAGAACGUGUCUCCAAUCGAGAUCUGGGUGGCUCCAUUAUCCUGGAUCUGGGGAUCUAUGCCUUGCAGUUGGCACAAUUAGUGUUUGGCAGCUCUCCCGUAAAGAUCCUCCCGAAUGGCACGCUACUGAACAAAGAUCGCGUGGAUGUUCAAACCGAGUUUAUACUGGACUAUGGCGAAGGUCGGCGCAUGGUGGCUUUGGUCACUGGCCUAGAGAAUCUGGAGAACGAUGCCAUCAUUGUGGGCACGAAAGGCGAGAUUAAGCUCUCCAACUAUUGGUGCUGCACACAGAUGACACGCUCCAAUGGUCCGCCCGAAAGCUGGCCCUUGCCCAGGGCUAAAUUUGAUUUUCAUUAUACCAACACCUGUGGCCUGCGGUACGAGGCGGAGGAGGUGCGUCGCUGUAUCGAGAAGCGUCUGCUGGAGAGUCCAAAGUUUCCACAUGCCGCCAGUCUGGAGAUUAUAGCCAUUAGCGAUGAGAUGAGGCGACAAAUAGGUGUUACUUUUGAUGAAAUCUAGGUACAAGAAUAUAGGGAUAUAGGGAUAAGUAUUUGUAAUCGAUUUUACUUCAGAAAAAAUUAUACUUUGAAUUUCACAGAUA